AUGGAAGUAGAGCCUUCUAAAUCAUCAGAGAUGGAAGCUGUUACAAUAUCAACCGUUCCCCAAGGUCAUGACAAAGCUGAGGAAACACAAAAAUUGGAUUCUUCCAGCAUCGAUGGUAACAAAAAGCCACUCGUGGAAUCAAAUGCAAAACUUGAAGAAACUAAAGAAGUGUACGAGGUAAUUCAAGAGACAAAAGGUGCAGUUAAUGAAAAGAGAAACAACAAAGGCAGUGAUUUUCUCAUUGCAAAUUCAGGAUCAAUAGCAAAAGGAGUAGAGGAGGCCAGCGUUACAAAUGAGUCAGAGCAGAUGCAUGGAGAAACGCAAGGGGCCGUGGCAGAAAAGAGAUACUACCAACCUCUCUCUUCAAUGGAAAAACAACCAAAACAAGUUCUCAACAAGGGAUCAAGCCGAGAACAAGUGCCCUUGCACAAAGAGAUUGGGGACGACAUUUCGACAUUUGUCAAUCGAAUGGCCAUUGGAGACCCCAGAAAUUCCCAUAAUGACAGACCAGUAAAUAUCAUUACACUUGUAGGAGAAAACAGAGGAGCAUCAAUGAGGUUGGGAUCAAAUUCAUCAAAAGGAAAAGGAGCGGUUCACAUUCGCAGAGGCUACAAGAUCAAUCCUGAUGAAAAUCCUGAAGCAACCACUAAUGGUGAGGGAAGUUGGAUUGGUAACAAAUCGGAAUAUGCAAAAGGAAAAGAAGAUAAGCCGAUAGAGACAUAUGUAAACAACAAUGCGCAGGGAAUCAAUAACUCAAUAGUGUUCAACAGUUCCAUGACUGAAAGGGAUCCCGGUGUCCAUAUUAUCACUAUUCGUGCUAAAAAGGAACCUAUCAAGUCAACUGAUAAAAAAAGGCCCCUAGAGAUGCAAAAGGAUGAAUUUAACAUGAUCCCUUCUCAGAAACUUACCUAUGAACCCACUGUCAGAAGAAGAUGCCUUCAAGAUCAUUUUUGA